CUGUUUACAGGAGCACCACCGUUGCUUCAUCCUCUCAAUCCACCUAUUCCGGCUCCUCCUCCGGCAUUCGCCGCCGUUCCACCACCGUCCACCUCAGCUCCACAUCAACACGAAUCACACGCGUCACAUCUGAGCCGUGUUCAACGAUCGCCACAAACUCCACAACCAUCCCAUCAAUCACAUCAUUCCCAAUCAAAUUCUCAUCAACCCUUCUCGAGAGAUCGAACUCAAGUGGAACGUUCACCAAGAGGGACACCACCGUCUUCGCAGCAGCAGACGCGACACGCCACCGCUCCAUCAUCAGCUUCCCAACAGACACCAGUCUCACAAGCGAAUGCAGAUUCAUCGGCACAAGUGGUAAAGAAAGAGCCCCGUGAGAAAGUUGGUGAUGAGUCUAACGGUCGAGCAACUCCUGUUCGACAGCGUCCCACGACGGAGACUCCCAGUCGUGCUGGUCCUGUGAAGAGGGAGCGAGCAAGCAGUGAUGCAAUGGAGGAGCCGACUCCAUCAGCCAAAGCUGAAGAAGAAGAGAAAAAACCACCAGUGAAAAAGGCUGUUCAUAGUGCUCCCAUCAGAGAAAAUACUGAAAACUCUCUUAUUCAGUCAAAAGAAGAAGAUGCCGUUACGUCCUGGAGGACUUUCUACAAUGCAGAACUCGCCCGUCAAAAGGAGAUUGAGCUGAACUUGGAUAUUGAUCCAGAAAUGCGAGACCUCGUAGCUCAGUCAUUAACGUUGGAGAACAAGCUCGUUGCUGAACUCAUCAAAAUGAAAACGGCUGCUGCUCUGGUAGCUGUGCAAGAGAAUGAAGUUUGUAUUUGUAACGCGAAGAUACAAAGCUUGAGAGAACUUAGACAUGAUCUCGAAAGCCGACAAUCCCGUCUCAUGGCUCCGGCGGUUGUUACGAUGCCUGACUUGAAUUCGAGAGCAUAG